CGCCCCCUGCCGGAUGUAUAGGGACCCUGCGACACUGCAGCCCGCUGCUUCUACCUUUUCCUCCGCUGCCGUUUCCCAGAAAGCCUCCUCCCGUCAUGGCAAUGCAUGCUAAGGCCACCCCACCUCAGAUCCCGGACACCAGGAGGGAACUGGCGGAGCUGGUGAAGAGGAAACAGGAGUUGGCUGAGACGCUGGUGAACCUGGAGAGACAAAUCUACGCCUUUGAAGGCAGCUACCUGGAGGACACCCAGAUGUAUGGAAACAUCAUCCGUGGAUGGGAUCGCUACCUCACCAACCAGAAGAACUCCAACAGUAAAACUGACAGAAGGAACCGGAAGUUUAAGGAGGCGGAGCGUCUGUUCAGCAAGUCGUCUGUGACGUCUGUCGCUGCGGUGUGCGCGCUCGGAGGGAUCCCGGAUCACAUGAAUGAAAAGCGCGAAGCCGGCAGCGGCACAGAAAGCGACACGUCUCCGGACCUUCAGAACCAAGAGAACGAGCCCAGCCAGGACGACACGGAGGACGUGGACUCGGCGCUGCAAGACCUGAAGCCUCAGAAAGCCGCGUCGUCGUCCUCGUCCAGCAGUCACCACGGGAACCACAAGAAGAGGAAGAACAAGAACAGACACAGCCCCUCCGCCAUGUUUGAUUAUGACUUUGAGUUCGACAUGAAAGUCAACAAGAAACCCAGAGCUGAUUACUCCACCUGAUGGACCGGGUCGCUUCAGAACCUCUGCAGACCAGCGUGUUGCUGGACUUUAGUUUGAAACAUUCCCACCUGGUGUCCUGGUUGUGUUUGGAUCAGAACCAUCCUGUAUUUAUUGUUCAGCUCUUCCUCAUGUUUCCCACCAACGUUUUUCUUUGUUUUAUCAGCUGUUUGUUUUACAGAAAACCAAUAAAAUGUUGGAAACGUU